UUCCAGUCGCGGGUGGGUUAGUGUACGAGGCAACGAAAUACAGCAAGCAUGACAUGAAGGUCGCCUUUAUUUAUUAGAAACUCGACCAUUUCUGCCUUUUUUUUUCUCUCUCUCUCUCGCUAUCAUAAUAUAAUAUGUGAUUUAGAGUGGAGUACGCGAAAGGAAACCGUCGGCCGUCAACGCGGGGGUUAGAGCUUGAUCAAUGCGUAGGCCGAAAGGGAGGCCUGUCAAACGGACAUCGGCGCGUCCAGUGCACGCGAUCUCUCUCUCUUAAAAAAAAUAAUGUCUACGAUCACCAUUUUUUCCCGACGCACAUGGCACCGACUUGGAAUACCACCUGAGAAUCUCCAAGAGCUUCGUUCAUUACCAAUCUUAGGUAAUCAAUCAAUAUCGUGAUCGCCUACGCUGUAAAUAGUGGGUAUAAAAUCAUGUCACUCGUUCACCUCGCUUCAUCAUUCCACGUUUGGUGGCAGGUGGUGAUAGAAGACUUGCAGAGGAGGAGAGAGAGAAAAGAUAGUGGUUAAUUUUCUUCAUUUUUCUGUGGAUGCAUGCAUUCUGGCUCCCAAUUCGUGCAUUUAUAUUCGAUUCUCCGUAUGACUGCAGAGUGAAGUACUGUCGUUGUCAUAGGUGGUAUAGGCCUUGAAUGGUGUUGGGUAGCCUGUUCGGGUAAAUCACACUGUGUCACACGUGAGGUGUGACUUGAAACGUUUGAAGCCGGCCGCGACCAAACAAACUUUGAAGUUCCUAUUCCUCUACCAUCCUUCUAAACCCCAGGACAGGUGUGUGUGUGUGUACUCGCUGACGGGUGAGUAUGCGUCAGGUGGCUCAAGCCCUCGGGUGGGGAGGUGUUUUCCGGGCUUUCUUAACCCUCGUGGUGGUACCAAACCUUACCGCCGAUGGGUUGCCACUGAACCCUAGCCGCAACUACAGAACUCUUGACGAGACAUCUCGGACAACAGAUAAAACGAACGAUUGGAACAAAUCUCCGGAGAUUUUGGGAAGGGUCUUUACAAUGCAAGAUGACCCAGCUUCGAAAGGCCUGGGCCAAUCGAUUGCAGAUCGUAGUGUCAUUGAAGAAGGUAAUUCCUUGGGGAUUGUAGCGACAUCAUGGUCAGUGAACAGGGACGAUAGCCAUGUCAUGGAUGAACUACCGACUAAAAUACUGAACAAAUCAACUCAUAAUCUGAUGAGGAGUGAAAAACGGACGUUAUUAUCUGAAUUGAACAUGAAGACGAACUUGCUGUCUCUCGUCGAAUCACUCAUGGCGCAGAGGAAGGGCGUCCAGACUUAUCUUCAAAGAAGUAGGAGGAAAAGAAGUCGGACAGCUCUGCGGUUCAGGCGGCGGUUGGGAACAGAUGAACAAACCAGUGCUAACAUUUCUAUUUUAAUUACAACUUAUCAGGGAUUAAAUUUAUCAUCGCCUUCAUCAUCAACAAUCAAUGACUCGAACAGUUCGGGUGGUGCCAAUUCGUCAUCAGAAUCGUCGUGGCCGUCGUCGUUGUCAUGGUCAUCCGCGUCGUCGACGUACCUGGAAGACGAUAUUCAUGUUAAUAGAACAAACAGUGUGCCUUACAACUUGGACAAUCGUAGGUUGCUUAGAAACAGAUCAAGCCAUUUCAAUAUCAGCAACUUUUUACGCAACACGAGAUGUCGUGUGAACAUUAGCGACUUGGCGCCAGAGAGCAAUGACACAUCUCGAAGUCGGACUAGAAGAGGAGUGGUGUCUGAAGGUUGUCAAGUACUUAAUGUUAAUCAUGGUUACAUCAGGGUUGAUCAAACUGGCCUUGUUACAACAACUUGGGAUGGGACUGAUAUAAACAGUAAGUGAUGACCUUUUCUUCAAUUCACAUUUUUAGUUUGACGUUUGCGUCAAUGAGUUGUGUUCGAGCCAUUUUGUAUAAUGUUUGCGCAUACGUCUGUUUAGCCUGACGCAAAGACUAGGCUCAUUCACAUUGUGAUUCUUUUAAAAGCCCAAAUGAAUGCAAUUCCCUAUUGUCAAUAACAAUGUAUUUCGCAUCAUUUCACUUUCGAUUUCAUUUCCCUUUCCCCUAUAUAGUCAAGCUUGUAUUAUCAAUGUGCAUUGACUUCGAUACAAGAAGGUAAAUUAUUUACUGUAGAGUAGGCCUCCCUGCAGUACUCUAUCUGAUAGGCAGCGUCUCCACCCCAUGCACAAUCGUCAUCAUCAUCAAUAUCAUCAUCUCCAUUAUCACUACCACCAUCACCACCACCAUCACUAUCAUUAUCAGUAUCAUAAUCAUCAUCAUCAUCACUAUCAUCAUCAUCAUCAUCUGGAUCCUGCAGACUUAACAAGCUUUGCUUUUUUAUGCAGGUUCCCUCACAUUUCACUCUUUUAAAUUGUCUUUAAUUCCAAAUCGCUAUUUUCUUUAAUUUGAAUUAAUUGUUAUUCCUUGUCUGAUUUGUAUUCUCAUUAGUUUUCUGAUAUUGUUUUCAUAUUGUUGUUUGUACUUGUGAAAUAUGUAAAAUAAAGUCAAAUCAAAUCAAAUCAUCACUAUCAUCAUCAUCAUCAUCAUCAUCAUCGCUAUCAUCAUCAUCAUCAUCACCAUCGGGGCGCGGUGUGUAUGUCACAUUGGGCUCUGCACAUCCGCGGAAAUGAACUCCUAGAAAUGUUGAAAGCAACCUAUGACUAGGAUUGAAGUAUGGAAUAAUUGUAAACAGAAAAACCCACAUAAUAUUUCAGAUGUGGAGAGCCCCGGGAGAGCCUAAACAUGGAUUUUAUCGUGUUUAUGUCUUGCAUGUUGUUUGGAGACAUCUUUCCGCGAAUCUUCCUACAGAUUCUCCAUAUCGCUGAAUUUCGUACCAUUUUCAAAUUUCUCGCAUUUCCUCGCCUCCAUGGUGACGAAAAAUUAUACUUUUUUACGCGUUUUCUGAAACGCUUCCUCAGUAGGUCCAUGGUGAGACAUACACCACGGCAUAAUCACCACCAUUAUCGUCCCCACUAUCAUCACCAUCAUCAUCAUCGCCACCACGACCAUCAUCAUCACCAUCAUCCCAUCAUUAUCACCAUCUCAUCGUCAUCAUCAUUAUCACCUAUAUCAUCUCAUCGUCAUCAUCGUCAUCAUCGCCACCACCACCAUCAUCAUCUGAUCACCAUCACCAUCAUCAUUAUCAUCAUCAUUAUCAUCAUCAUCUUCAUCACCACUAUCAUCUCAUCGUCGUCAUCAUCAUCAUCUUCAUUAUACCACUAUCAUCUCCUCAUCAUCAUCUUCAUCACCACUAUCUUAUCAUCGCCGUCGUCAUCAUCAUCAUCAUCAUCACCACCAUCAUCACCAUCAUCAUCAUCACCAUCAUCAUCAUCCUCACCAUCAUCAUCAUCCUCACCACAUCAUCUUCACCAUCAUCAUCAUCAUUACCAUCAUCAUCACCAUCAUCACAACCAUCCUCACUAUAAUCGCUUUUGUCGAACGUUAUAAUAAUUUGUAUAUUCUGUAGAGGAAUCUAGCUAUUUCGUGAACUUGAACUUUUAUACCAUCCAACCAAGGCUACUUAUGACUGCAAAGCAAUAUCAGGCGAUUACAAGAUACUGCAAAAAUGUCUCUAGAAAUGAAUAAUAUCAAACUAAAGAUACUAAACUUCGGUUAACAUAUGAAUCUAAGGAAACAUGUGAGAAUAAAUCUGCAGUUUUCUCUUUUAGGUACAAUAAAUAAAACUGCGACUUGAGCCUCGAUCCCACACACUUCUAAUUGAGAAAAUAGAAAAUACCACAAGUC